CGUCACCUUUCACCCCAGCAUGGCUGCGCCCGUGGGACCGGUGAAGUUCUGGCGACCGGGUACAGAGGGACCAGGUGUCAGCAUCUCUGAAGAGAGACAAAGUUUAGCUGAAAACUCUGCAACGACCAUUGUUUACAACCCUUAUGCUGCCCUUUCUAUAGAGCAGCAGAGACAGAAGCUGCCAGUGUUCAAGCUUAGGAAUCAUAUAUUAUAUUUGAUAGAAAACUAUCAGACAGUGGUGAUUGUUGGAGAAACAGGAUGUGGGAAAAGCACGCAGAUUCCACAGUACCUUGCAGAGGCUGGCUGGACAGCUGAAGGAAGAGUUGUAGGAGUGACCCAGCCUCGAAGAGUGGCUGCCGUUACGGUUGCAGGGAGAGUAGCUGAUGAGAGGGGUGCAGUGCUGGGCCACGAGGUGGGCUACUGCAUCCGCUUUGAUGACUGCACUGACCCGCUGGCUACAAGAAUUAAGUUUCUGACUGAUGGAAUGUUGGUCAGGGAAAUGAUGGUUGAUCCUUUGUUAACAAAAUAUAGUGCCAUCAUGCUGGAUGAAGCCCAUGAGAGGACCUUGUAUACAGACAUUGCCAUUGGCUUGCUGAAAAAGAUUCAGAAAAAGCGAGGGGAUCUUCGAUUGAUUGUGGCGUCAGCCACUCUGGAUGCAGAGAAAUUUUGGGAUUUCUUUAAUCAAAAUGAAACCAGUGACCCAACCCGCGAUACAUGUGUGAUCCUUACAGUGGAAGGGCGAACAUUUCCAGUGGAUAUAUUUUAUCUACAAAGUCCUGUUCCAGAUUAUAUCAAAUCAACUGUAGAAACUGUGAUGAAAAUUCACCAGACAGAAGGAGAUGGAGACAUAUUAGCAUUUCUUACUGGCCAGGAGGAGGUAGAAACUGUCGUGUCCAUGCUGAUCGAGCAGGCUCGAGCACUAGGUCGGACUGGGAUGAAGAGACACCUUCGGGUUCUCCCCAUGUACGCAGGACUGCCUUCCUUUGAGCAAAUGAAAGUGUUUGAAAGGGUGUCACGCAGUGUCCGAAAGGUGAUAGUGGCUACCAAUGUGGCAGAAACCUCCAUUACAAUCAGCGGGAUUGUCUAUGUGAUCGACUGUGGCUUCGUGAAACUCCGAGCCUAUAAUCCCAGGACAGCUAUCGAGUGCUUGGUGGUGGUCCCAGUGUCCCAGGCGUCAGCCAACCAGCGAGCUGGGCGUGGUGGCCGCAGCCGCUCGGGAAAAUGUUAUCGCCUUUAUACAGAGGAAGCCUUUGACAAGCUGCCUCAGGCCACUGUUCCCGAGAUGCAGCGGAGCAACUUGGCACCUGUCAUCCUGCAGCUGAAAGCACUGGGGAUCGACAACGUCCUCAGGUUCCACUUCAUGUCGCCCCCUCCGGCACAGUCGAUGGUUCAAGCGUUGGAGUUACUCUAUGCCCUGGGAGGUCUGGACAAAGACUGUCGCCUCACUGAACCACUUGGCAUGAGAAUAGCGGAGUUUCCUUUGAAUCCCAUGUUUGCAAAAAUGCUGCUUGAAUCAGGAAAUUUUGGCUGUUCUCAGGAAAUUCUCAGCAUUGCAGCCAUGAUGCAGAUCCAGAAUAUCUUUGUGGUCCCCUCCAACCAGAAGGCUCAGGCAAUUCGAGUGCACCGAAAAUUUGCUGUGGAGGAAGGUGAUCAUCUCACUAUGCUCAACGUGUAUGAAGCAUUUAUCAAACACAACAAGAACUCGCAGUGGUGCCAGGAACAUUUCCUGAAUUACAAGGGUCUCGUCAGAGCUGCGACCGUAAGAGAACAGUUGAAAAAGCUUCUGGUCAAGUUUCAAGUGCCCAAGAAGUCGAGUGAAGGUGAUCCAGAUCCGGUUCUGAGGUGCAUCGUUUCGGGAUUCUUUGCAAAUGCAGCGAGGUUUCAUUCUACUGGAGCUUAUAGGACCAUCCGUGAUGAUCACGAGCUGCACAUCCACCCCGCCUCCGUCCUCUAUGCGGAGAAGCCGCCUCGCUGGGUUAUCUACAAUGAAGUUAUACAGACCUCCAAGUAUUACAUGAGGGAUGUGACCGCUAUUGAGUCUGCGUGGCUGCUGGAGCUGGCGCCGCACUUCUAUCAGCAAGGCACGCACCUGUCCCUAAAAGCCAAAAGGGCCAAAGUCCAGGACCAGUGAGCAGAGCGAGGCCGCAGCUGCAGGGGCUGCUUGGGGCCCUGUCCCCAAGCCCUGGGCGCAGGGAGCCACGGCUCAUGUGGAACUUCAGCUGCUCUGACGGGGCAGCCCGUCCUUAGCCCCUCUCCCUGCUCCCUCAGCAUCUGCGUUCCCCGCUGGGACCCUGGAGGAGUGGUGCGGGGGCAGGCGUCUGCCACGCUGCACCCAGCAGAGCAGGGGUUGGUAGGCUUUGCUCUUGGUCAGUCGGCACCCCCACUGACCCAGAUGCCACCCCAGCAGGCACGCCGUGGCCCGGCCUAGGGAACGAGGAGAAAAGAGCCGCUGCAGGCUAGGGCACCGUGUCGGGCAUGCCGAGGGUUUGCUGGGCGGGCUUUGCUUUCUCUGGGGCCAUGGCCGUGCUGACCAGUGAGGUCCCUGCCCGGGCGGGUGUCUGUAUCUACGGAGGGAGUGGCCCUGGAAACACUGCGGAUUUCCACCAAAUUCACCGAGGGGCUUGUCUGGCGGGCACAGGGGCUCCUGAGCCAAGCAGCUUCUGGUUCCCCUUUUCCCACGUCCCUAUUUAUCUGUGGCCAGAGGACUUGCGAGGAUUGGCGAUCAACAGUUAGCAAACAGUUUCUCUAUUUCACAAGUGGGCUUAGCUUUCUUCGUGUACGACACCAUGUCCUGGUGCCCCCAGCUCAGCCCCAGCGGGAGGGACCCUCUGCCGCAGGAACGCACAACAGUUAGAGGCGCUCUGCUUCGUCCUCAGGAACAGCUCGCACGGCGUCUUCGCUCACCGGCCGGGUCCCGGUGAGCACGCGGGCAGCCUCCUGCAGGCCCUGGUUUCGUUGCUGCCCAGGCUCGUCACUGUGGCGCUGGCAUUCAGCACGCGGCCGAUCCAGGUUCGGUUCCCCUUCCUGUUCCAGUGACGUUUAUUUUGAGAACACGUAGCUUGAAAGUUUAUUUUUGUACUGAUCUUAGUUUGUACGUGCCACUUUGGCGCCAAACACAUGUCAUUUUUAUUUC